ACUGGUAAAGUCCUUUUAGACUUCAUACUGGACGAUAUCAUAUUCAAACACAGCUGCAGUGCUGAGGAAAGGCUGAGCUGAGAGCACUUGACGGUUUCCAGCGGCAGAAAGAAGACGGCAGCAUGGCGGCCACGUUGUGUCAGGGUUUAGGCUUCGUUCUGAGUUUGAUAGGAAUAGCGGGAAUAAUCGCCGCGACGGGGAUGGACCAGUGGGCCACACAAGACCUCUUUGACAACGUUGUGACAGCCGUGUACUCGUACUCGGGCCUGUGGAGGUCCUGUGUUAGGCAGAGCUCCGGCUUCACAGAGUGUCGACCAUACUUCACCAUCCUCGGCCUGCCAGCUCUGCUCCAAGCCGUCCGAGCCUUGAUGAUUGUUGGGAUCGUCCUUGGCGCUAUCGGCUUACUGAUCGCCAUAUUCUCGCUGAAGUGCUUGAAAAUGGGGAACAUGGAGGACAACUUGAAAGCCACCAUGACUCUGUCGGCUGGGAUCAUGCUUCUCCUUGCAGGUGUCUGUGGGAUUGCUGGGGUGUCAGCCUUUGCUAAUUUGAUUGUACAAAGUUUUCAGUUCACUACAUUUGCCAGUGGAUUCAGCAGUACAGGCAAUGUUGGUGGACUAACGGGAGCUCUGACGCCAAGGUAUACUUUUGGCCCUGCACUUUUCGUGGGUUGGAUUGGUGGCGCUAUCUUGUUCAUCGGUGGCAUCUUGAUGUGCCUAGCCUGCCGUGCAAUGACACCAGAGAAACACCGGUAUGAUGGGAUGGCCUACAAAGCUGCCUCCCAGAACACGAUGUACAGGCCUGACACCAGAUCCCGGCCCGUCUACAACGACUCCUACAAAGCUCAGAGUAUGGAUGAAAGGCAGACAAACCAGAGGUUUGACUACGUGUAGAACCAUGUCUGUUUUAAUACGCUCUGUGAUAACUUUUCUACAUUCAGCAUUCAUUUUUUAUUUCUCUCUACUUUAAUUUGGAAGACCGGUUUCAGGCCUAAUUUCAUGUUACUUUUUCAAAUGUAAUCACAAUUAUAAAGUCUGUGCUGUAUAUUUUGUAUGUGUGUCUGUGUUAAAUAAAAGGUGAUUCUUA